UGAACCAUUGCUGCUUUGCCGAAGCUUUUUUCUAUCAAAUUUGGCAUAACGGGGUUAAAUUGAAUCUGCAAUGGUCGUGUUAAAUCUGUUUUGAAGAGUAGAUUACUUGGUUAUCUGUUGAAGUCUGCUGUUAAUUUGCAAAACUGAUGGAUUCACAAAUUAAGUUUGCUGUGGUGGUGAAAAUUAUGGGAAGGACGGGAUCGAGAGGUCAGGUGACUCAAGUGAGAGUCAAGUUUUUGGAUGAUCAGAACCGUUUUAUUAUGAGGAACGUGAAGGGACCGGUCAGGGAGGGAGAUAUUCUCACCUUGCUCGAGUCUGAGAGGGAAGCUAGGAGGCUCCGUUGAUAACUUCCUCUUAUCUCCGUUUUGUUACGUUAUUAAUGGAUGAGUUGUUUUUAAAGUAUAAUCAUUAUGUUUAAAUGAACUAAGUUGGUUUUUGAGAUUAUGAUUUUCAUGUCCCGUUAAUUUCUGCUAUUUCAAAAUGUUAAUUCUUUUCUAAAA